AUGCCCCACUACUACAAGCCUCAGCACCUGCUGGACUUCGAGGACCGCCUUCCCAGCUCGGCCCACGGCUCUGACAGCCUGUCCCUCAACUCCUUCAACUCCGUCACCUCCACCAACCUGGAGUGGGACGACAGCGCCAUCUCUCCGUCCAGCGAGGACGGGGACCUCACAGACACUGUCAGUGACCCCCGCUCCACUGCCUCCGACCUGACCAGCAGCAAAGCGUCCACCAAGAGCCCCACCCAAUGCCACAACCCCUUCAAUGAGGAGCAGGCAGAGGCCGUGUCCUCCUCCGACACCACCGCGGUGCACACCUCCUCCCAGGGCACGGAGCCGCACCCCCCAGAGCUGCUGGACGCGGGCACGGAGCUAGAAGUCAUCAGGGUCACCAAGAAGAAGAAAACUGGCAAGAAGAAGAAGACCAGAGCAGAUGAGGAAGUCAGUCCACUGCGCCCGGCCUCUGCCCAGCACGCUGGUGCCAGGAGGGGAAUGGCGACAGCCGGGUCAGCAGCCCAGGCCUCGGGCGGGGCUCCCCAGACGCCACCGUGGCUUGCCCCCAGGAGAAGGGAGAGGGGCCCAGCAGCACCGCUGAGAGCAGCGAGUGCGCGGAGCCCGGCCAGAUGGGCCUGCUCAUCCCCGCGAUGA